AUGGAGAAUUUCAAGGCGCUGUUUGCUAAACUGGACUGCCUUAAGAAAUCAAAUGGGCCAUCGAAUACGAGUCGCACCUCGCUGGUGCCACGGCAGCACGCGCUGGGGUCGGCUCAGAUGAGCCAUUCCAUGGAUGUGCUGUCGUCGCCGCCGUUCAACACGGCCAUGCAUGCGCUGCGAAAGCUGAAGCAUCCGGCGAAGGGCGCUACACCGUUCAGCCAAGUGGACAGCUUCAGGCCCUGUGGUCACCAUGUGCGUGCCUUGCUGAUGGCUUGCUCAGGCGCACUGGCCGCAGGCAUGGCGCUAGGUUACGGCUCAGCCGCCAUGCCUUCCAUCGAGCGACGCUUCCGGCGCGACGCACCAUCCGAGCCACCCGACAACCGCUGGAUCCCCGACAGCCUCUUCCUGGGUGCCAGCGUUGGCGCCCUUAUCUCAGGCAUUCUGCUGCACCUUGCGGGCCACCGAAGGACCCUGCUGCUGUGUUCGGGUGGCCUAACUAGCUUCUGGGUGUCUUUGAUGUUGGCCAACAAGGUCAGCAUGAUGGUCGUCAGCCGGGUGGCGAUCGGCAUCUGCGUGGGCGUCAUCACCAACUGCGUCUGCCUUUACGUCACCGACGUCGCUCCUCCAGCCAAGAGAACGCUCUACGGAGGACUCGUUGAGGUGGCGACAAGUGCGGGCAUGCUGUGUGCGUACGCCAUGGCAGGCUUCGCGUGGCAGCAGCAGGCGGUCGGUUGCGCGAUGGCCUCGGUACCCAUGCUGGCUUUGCAGCGCUAUGUGAUCGAGAAUCCCCGGUGGCUGAUGUCCAAGCACCUUUCAUUGGACGCCGACACGGCCUUGAUGCGUCUGUACGGUGUCGACCCUCCACCCGAUUUCCGCGACCACAAGGGAAAAGCAGCUGAGGAGCAGAAGCCAGCCGCCACUUCCAGCCGCCUGUGGCCCAGUAACACGAGACGAGCUGGGGGCCGCGAUCUCGAUCGUAAUGCUCGUGGUGGCGUACUCGACGGGCGUAUGCACCUGCCGACGUUGCUGACCGGCGAGCUCAUGCCUUCGAGGAUUCGCUUGCUGGGCUCCUCCAUCGUGUGGUCGUCGCGCUGGCUCUUGGCGUUCCUGCUGCGUACUUCGAGCAUCGACGUGCUCACCGCUUUCCAGCAGAAGGGACCGCUGCUGGCGUUAAGCCUGACAGUGGCAGCCGUCGCCACGACAGCUAUAUACCUGAUCCCUGAAACUGAAGGCCGUACGCUGGACCAGAUUGAACACGACUAA